CUCUGUUCCAACUUCUUGCUGAAAACACUCUUUCUUGAAUCUUCACUUCUUCACGAUGACGUCCCUCUUGGAUCACCCAUCUCGCGGUGAGACCAUCGGAUACUCCUUCUCCCAGCCCACAGCUGCUCCCCUCAGACAGCAUGGAUUCUACCCAUACACCGACAAUGGCGGCUCGACUCUGGGCAUCACAGGUUCCGAUUUCGCGAUCCUUGCUGGCGACACCCGUUCCACAUCAGGCUACAAUAUCAACUCUCGCAUGGUUCCGAAGGUCUUCAAGAUCGGCGGUGAUGAUGAGACUGGCGAGGGUGCUCACAUCAUUCUGUCCGUGGUGGGCUUCGCUGCGGACGGCAAUGCCCUCAAGGAACGGCUGGAUGCCGUGGUGAGGAUGUACAAGUAUCAGCACGGCAAGUCCAUGUCCGUCUCAGCUUGUGCGCAGCGGCUGUCGACCAUUCUAUACGGGAAGCGAUUCUUCCCCUACUACGUACAUGCCAUCUUGGCCGGCCUGGACGAGGAAGGCAAGGGAGCUCUCUACAGCUACGAUCCUGUGGGUUCGUACGAGCGGGAGCAAUGCCGGGCUGCCGGCGCCGCAGCAAGCUUGAUCAUGCCGUUCCUGGAUAACCAGGUCAACUUCAAGAACCAAUACAUUCCUGGCAGCGGAGAGGGACAUGCACUCGAGCAGAAGAAGGCGGAGCCUCUUCCCCAAGAAACGGUCAAGCAAUUGGUACGGGAUGCAUUUACAAGUGCUGUGGAGCGGCACAUUGAGGUCGGUGACCACUUGCAAGUGAUGAUCAUCACUUCAAAUGGAAUCGAGGAGGUGUUCCACCCGUUGAAGAAGGACUAGAGAACGGGGCAUUGUCUACUAUAGCCUUCUAAUACCACAAUGUUCAAAUAUUGAAAUAUGUCUU